UGAUCUUGUACUAUUACUUUGUUCCUUAGUUUUUCUACAAUAUAAUCUACCAAUUCUGCUACUGAAACAGACCUAUGUCUACGAACUGCAGGAGACGCCUUAUCCGUGACUUCAAACGUCUUUCGAGCGAUCCACCAAGUGGCGUUUCUGGGAGCCCAUGUCCGGAUAAUAUUAUGGUAUGGAAUGCGGUAAUCUUUGGUCCAGCGGACACGCCGUUCGAGGAUGGAACCUUCAAGCUCCUGCUUACGUUUGACGAGUCGUACCCCAACAAACCACCGACUGUAAAAUUCCUGUCGCGAAUGUUCCACCCGAACGUGUAUAAUAAUGGCGAACUGUGUCUCGAUAUACUGCAAAACCGGUGGUCGCCCACGUAUGACGUAGCGGCGAUCCUCACUUCCAUCCAGAGUCUCCUGCACGAUCCGAAUCCAAACAGCCCUGCCAAUGCAGAAGCAGCUCAGCUGUACCGCGAGAAUAUGAAGGAGUACAUAAGGAGGGUGAAGGCGACGGUUGAGGAUAGUUGGUUAGAUUCGGAGGAACAGCAGAGUAUGGGGAAGGAUGGUGAUGGGACGACUGCUAGCAGCGAUCCUGUCCAAUGAUUCGUUCUACAUACCUGUCUUUGCUUUUUGUCUUUCUUUCUUGUUUUGUGGAACCCUACGAUGUUCGUGUUGUACCAUCUAUCCUUGAUAUAAUCGUUCGAGUGUUUGUCGGUAGUUUGGGGACGGAACAAUUUAUCUUCCCAU